AUGAAUUAUCGAGAUUUAGUUUCGGAAGGUGAGGAUUUAUGGAAGGAAGUAGUAGUUGCAUCAAGAUGUGGACAGCCUUCAGCAGUGGACAAAAAUGAAUUUGUCUAUGAUACCAGUUAUCAAAUCCAAGACCAAUACUCAAUGAGUGGACAAAUUGUAAUGAUCGUGAUGAGGAUUCAUUGCGGCAGCUCAUUCCCAGGGCUAAGUGGUUUGAACCCAUUCACCAUCUUCAACUCGCCAUCAAGACUAUUGAAGCAACAAAGCUUAUGGACAGUUAUUGUCAAAAAAAGAUUACGUAUUACAUCAGAUGAUUUAUCUGAUGAAGAUUCUGAUUCAGAAACAGAUAUUCAAUUACCUGACAUUCAGGAUAAAAACACUUUGGAUGUCUAUGUUUUCCAUUCAUUAACAAGUUCUAAGUGCAAACUUGAAGAAAUUUUGCUAGAAGUAACAAUUUCAUGUGGUUGA